AUGACGCUAUGGCAGGGCAGCUCCCAGAGCAGCCAUGUGCAGCACAUGUUCCGCAGCUCCAUGGGGAAGCUGCAGCGGCAGCUGUGCAAGGGCACGUUUGCCAUGUUCAAGCGCAUUCCCAUGUUUGAGAGUGACUUCAUCCAGAUCAGCAAAAGAGGAGACGUGAUCGAUGUGCACAGAAGAAUGCAAAUGGUCACUGUAGGCAUCGCAUACACCAGCUCUGACCUCAUGAUACCUGAUGUCAUGCUGCUGGCACGACCGGCUGACAGCUGUGCAGUCUCUGCCAAAGGUGACCGACAUACUCAGGGGAAGGAACUCAUGUCAGUGAAAAGCUUGGAGCUGACCAGGCUGCUUCCUUUGAAGUUUGUCAAGUUGUCCGUCUACAGUCAUGAGAAAAAACAGCUCCACUUGAAGCUUGCCACUGGCCGCUCUUUUUACCUACAGUUAUGCUCCCCUUCAGAUGCAAAAGAAGAUGUAUUUGCACACUGGGAAGACCUGGUGUUCUUCCUGAGACCGCUAGGGGAGGCUUACAGUGGUACCUGUUCUAUACCAGCUUGGGACAUGGUAGACAAUCCUAUGUUGGAGGCAGAGGACAGGAAGAACCCAAGAGUAAGUUUUUGCAGUGACUUUCUGAGAGGGACCCACGUGCUUUGGGAGAGCAACUGAAGACUCUCAGGCUACUUCUCCUAGGCUGCCUGGGGAAACACUGAAUGUGGAAGGGCUCAGUCCAGAUGAGCAACUAUGUGGAGGCCUUGCUGCAUUUGGGAGGUCCCAAGUGCAUCUGAACAUAUGAGAUCCUUUAGAUGUUAGCUCCUCUGAUUCUAUACCUGAUGUUGUAAUGCUGUCAGCAGCAUCCUGACUGUCCAGUCUGUUCUGGAACACACACUGCUGUGGACUCAGGCAGUCUGAUGUGCUGUGGGACAUUUUUAACUAUGAGAAAGCCCUUUCUUUCUUUGAGCCAUGUACUGGUUUUUACAUAAAUUUGUGGCAUUGCAGCAUGCUUUGCACUCAGGUGUACAAUUUGUUAGUAGCUCUCAGAAUGUAAGAUGGACAUGGCUAAAAUAAUAUUAUAUAAUUAUUUCAGUCUGGGUGAACAUGCCUGGAAUAAUACUCUUCCCUGGUAUAUAAGUAGUAUUUGUGAAUAUGAUGGGAUUUUACUUUAUGAUUUUGUAACUGUAUAUGGCAAAAGAGAUUUUGCAAAUGUAAUUAAGCUCCCCAAUCAGCUGACUGAUUUAAGCAAAAGAAAGACUCUCUUGGGUGGGCAUGAGAACCAACUAACCUGAUGAGUUCUUUAAAAUGACUUUUCAGAAGUCAAAGAAAUUAGAAGUCAGGGAGACAUUCUGCUGUCCUGAAAGGAAGCAAAUUGCUCUGCUCUGGAGAGAGCCAGCAGCCUC